AAAGGGUCUUUUCUUUUACAUUUCUCGGUGGAAUCUUCCAUCUUCGUCGCACAGUUAUGACAGUCAGUAGCGUCGUUGCAGCGGGAUAAAGCAGGAUUCUUUUUAGUCGUCAUGGUUCUCGUUCAUUUUCGGUGUUUUACAAUUGUCUGCUCAUUGUCAUUUCAAAAGGAGCAAAUUUUGGUGAUUGGAUGGCGAAUUAUUGACAGAAAAAUUCGCUACAAGCCUGGAGAGCUCAAAACAUGUAAUGCACCCGGUCCGCCAUCUUGCCCACCGAAAGCCUGGAGAGCUGAGCUAAUCAUUUCUCUUUCCGGUUCAGACUGCACUGGUUAAGCUUAUGUCAGAAACUCGUAGGAGAAACAAGAUCCUUCAGAAAUGAAGGAAGUCACGCCGCUUCUGUCAGAUUCGAGCCCCGAUAUGGAGGCUCUGCGUUACUCCUGCUCCACUGGUCCGAGUCUGGAGAACCGGAUCCUGACCCAGACCUCGUCAUUUCUCCUCCAGCCUCCUUCGUGGGUGAACCCGACCUCGUCAUGUCCAGCUCUCUGUCCGUCCAGCCUGUCCUCCACAGCCUCGUCCUCUCCUCUGCUGUCCACGUCGUCCAGCCUGCUGUCCUCCUCUCUGCUGUCCUCCUCUCUGCUGUCCUCCUCUCUGCUCAGCACUGAAAACACUCAGCUGAAGUAUGAUCCCCUCACCGUCUCCUCUCUCUGCUCUUCUCAACCUCUGAGCUCACUGAUUAAAAGCACAGCACCACCCACUGGUGCUGAAGCUCAUAAAUGUCUGAGUGGGGAACAAGGAGAGAUAAAAACAGAGGGAGAUGAAUCGUGCUCCCCCGACGAAAUCCCAUCGUACUCUGAGGAGAUAAUUCAGUCCUCGGAUCAUGAGGAACAGAUGGAGAUUGACCGUGAGCCCCCAGCUGAGAGGCCUGUGCUGGAUCUGAGGCUGACUGAGGAAGAGGAGAAGCAGACGCUUGACCUGGAUGAAGGGUUUGGAGAGUUCGACUCAAGCUCAAAGGAACACGCAGAAUUACUGAAGGAAAAGAAGUAUAAGCUGCUGAAUUUGGUGUGCUGCUCCCUGGUGCAGAAGACCCAUUCCCUUGGCCAGUUGGACUGGGAUAACAGUGGAACUGUGUGGAACGUAAUAAAACUCCUAGGCACCGACAUCACCCUUAGUGACCCAGAGUUCCUGCUCAAGGUGGCUGUUUACACCAGACAGGAACUGAACAUCCGUGCCACAGCCAACUUCCUGCUCGCCCUCGCCGCUCACCUGCCCAACUCUAAACCGCACCUGAGGAGGUAUUUCUGCUCUGCCGUGCAACUACCGUCCGAUUGGCUGGAAGUGACGAGGGUGUACAGCACGUGUUUCAGCAGGUCUCUGCCAUCGGGUCUGAAAAAAGCUCUGGCUGACAAAUUCAAGCAGUUCAGCGAGUAUCAGCUGGCCAAGUAUAACACACGCAAACACCGAUGUAAACACAGCAAGAAAAAACGCCAAGCGAAGGAGGUGUCCCCCGAGCAAUGGAAUGAAUGGGCAAAGCUUGUUGCAGCAGAACCUCAUGUUCUUCAGGGAUAUCUGCAGGGGAAGCAGCGAUCAGUGGUGGAUAAAAAACAAAAUGAGUUCAACAUGAAAAAGCUGAUAAAACGACUCCACAUCAAAGAGCCGGCCGAGUUCAUCAUGAGCAUCCUUGGGAAAAGGUACCCGAAGGAUGUGAGGGCGUUCUGGCGCAGUGGGCUCAGUGGGGUGUGGCAGAGUGAAAGAGCCAAUCAGAGGAUGAGACUGAAGCAGGCGGAGACGUGGGAGACGCGACUGAGUCAGGAAGGAAAUAAAGCCGCCACCUGGGAAAAACUCAUAGAUAAUAACUCCCUUCCCUUCAUGGCGAUGCUGAGGAACCUGAGGAACAUGAUCAUGCAGGGCAUCAGCCACAAACACCACGACAAGAUCCUCAAACGACUCAGCUCAAAGUCGGCUGUGAUCCAGAGCCGGCAGUUCCCCUUCCGCUUCCUGUCAGCUUAUAAAGUCAUUCUGGAGCUCAACAAGUUGGUCGAUGGUGGUGUGAAGGAGAAGACCAGCAGUAAGGAAGUCCUGCGUGGGAUUUUGCAGAAGAUACCAAAGAGUAGAAAAUACAGCCGCACUAACUGGUGGACAGUGAGCCGGCAGAGGCUCCGCAUUACUCUCCGUGUUCCUUUCAUCCGUUAUUUAUAUUUCUCAAAACUCAAAGCGCUCCAGAAAGUCGGACUGAGAUGCUACACUACGGAGCUGCUGCAGCGUUACUGUCAGGCCCUGGAAAAAGCCGUAGAGAUCUCCUGCAAGUACAACAUCCCUCCUCUGUCAGGACACACACUCAUCAUCUUCAUGAGCAAUUUCCAGUCUGGUGGACUGAAAGGAGCUGAUUUCUGCCUCCCUCUCGAGUCUUCAGACGGAAACAUGGAGAACCCAAACCUCUCGGCUUCGACGAGGGAGGCGGCAUUGCUCCUGGUCAUGAUGAUCCGCUACUGCAGUGAGCACACACAGUUCCUCCUGGGAGACAGCGAAGGUUUACAGGAAGUCCAGGUCCAGUCUGGUGGGCUUUUACAGAACGUGAGGAGAGUGACCAAGCGGUUCUCGGAGUUUUCAGAUUCGCCUCAGAAGAUAGCGCACCAUAACUUCUUCUCCAAGCUUCUUGAGGAGAAAACCAAGGUGGAUAACAUUAUCAUGGUGGGUGAAUAUAUGAUUGAUUGGACAACGACGCAGGCGGUUGAAAGAUUUCAGAAACUCUCCAUCAGCGAACCUUUAGUGGUGAACAUUUUGCUUAGCCAUUCUAAUACUUACUCGCACGUAGAUAUAGCAGACGAUCCUAAAACAGUGACCCUGUGUGGCUUCAGUGAGCAGAUCCUCAGGUUUAUUUCAGAGCGCGGUUCCUCCAGACUUUUGGAUCACGUGGAGCAAAUCGACAAACUGCACAAGAUUCCUCCUCCAACAGGUUCUACUGCAAAACCAGAGAGAACCGGCGACGUCGUGCCCCUGCCUGCGGUUCCCAAACUCAGGUGGCGUGGCGUGCGCGUCUUCAUCUCCUCUACGUUCAGAGACAUGCAUGGCGAGCGAGACGUCCUGGUUCGCAGUGUUUUCCCGGAGUUACGGCGGCGAGCGGCUCCCCUCUGCCUCCACCUGCAGGAAGUGGACCUGCGCUGGGGCGUCACCGAGGACGAAUCAGCACGCGCCACUGAGAUCUGCCUCCAGGAGGUCUGUCGCUCCCAGGUGCUGCUGGGAAUUCUGGGAGAGAGAUACGGCCUGGUGCCGCCUCGGCCCUCGCUGCCUGACCUGCCCCACUACAGCUGGUUGAAGUCGGCUCCUGACGGUCUGUCGGUCACAGAGAUGGAGAUUCGUCAGUUUCAGGCCGUGUUUCCUGAUUCCGCUCAGAGCCGCAUGUUCUUCUACUUCAGAUCUCCUCAGCUGCUCAGCUCUGUGCCUGAGGCUUGGAGAGACGACUUUGCAGCUGAAUCUGGGGAAACUGCGGCUAAAAUGGAUGAACUGAAGGAGUGGAUCAAGAGCAACAACUUCAGAGUGACGGAAAAUUACCCGUGUGAGUGGGGUGGAGUCGUAGACGGAAAAGCGUAUGUUAAAGCUCUGGAGGAUUUUGCAAAGGCUGUGCUGGAGGAUCUGUGGUCUGCGAUACAGAAGCUUUUUGUGGAGGAAUCAGACGAGGCGGAUCUGAUGGCGGAGAUUAAAGAACAGGAAGUGCACCAGGACGCCCAGCGCCGGCAGUUUUAUGGCAGGGCGAAGCUGCUUUCAAAGGCAAAAGAGAAAAUUGAAGAAUGUCAGCAGAAAGGUGGAGUUCUGCUGGUGGAGGGCGGGGCCGGAGUCGGCAAAACAGCUUUCAUGGCCGCAUUGGCUCAUGCACUCCAAACUCCAAACAAGAUGAAGAAAGCGCCCAUGUGUGAUGUCAUAUCCUACUCUACAGCUGCUAGCCAGUCAGCUUCUGGGGUGGAGCCCCUCCUACGCUGCCUGGUCCAAUGGCUGAGGAAGAGGAAGCAGCAGGAGGAGGAGCUUCCUUCCAACACACCUUACAGAGAUCUGCUGUCAGAGUUACUCUCACAUCUGAAGGAGGUGAAGAAAGGCCGAUCUCUGGCUUUACUCGUCGAUGGAGCAGAUCUGGUGCAUGAUGCUAAAGGGCAAAGAAUUUCUGAAUGGAUACCACGACACAUUCCUGAGGGUGUGUGUCUGGUCCUGAGCGUCGCUACGGAUUCAGAUCUCUGCAGCAUUAUCAGCAAAAAUAAAAGCUGCACGUUGUUUCCGCUGGGGCCGUUACUGCUGCCGGACCGAAGAGAGCUCGUCCAGAAGGAGCUGAGUGUGUACGGGAAGAAACUGAGUGAUUCUGCCUUCAAUAACCAGCUCCAGACGCUGCUGAUGAAGAAGGGAGCUGUGAGUCCGCUGUAUCUCCGCUUGGCCUGUGAGGAGCUCAGGAACUACGCUUCGUUUGAAAAGAUGAAGGAGAACCUGCAGUGUCUCCCGGCAUCUCUGUGUGAGCUGAUUCAGCACGGUCUGAUCAGACUGCAGUCUCAGUACAGAGGCACAGGACUCAACUGGACCCUGGCUGCUCUGACCGUCAGCUCCACCGGUUUGAAAGACAGAGAUCUGCACUUCCUUUUGAACCUGUGCACUGAUCUGAGCUCCACACACACCCCGCUGAACUGGCAGGAAGUGAUGAAACUCGCCAGGAACCCAAAAACCCGAGUGCCCAUGGCCACAUUCUCCCAGCUGGCUCGAAGUCUACAGAGUCUGAUCGGGUCGUCUCUGUCUGUGGAACCGGAUCCAUCCUUGGUUUUCACCAAUCCGGAUGUGAAAUUAGCAUUUGAGCGACUUUACCUCUCUGAUCCGGACGACAGAACCAGAGCGCACAUGAUUCUCGCAGCUUUCCUGUGGGUGCGGUCAGAUCCUCACGGACACGACACGUUCCUGCACUGUGACACGGACACACUCGCACUGCUUCCUGCUCAUCUGGUGAAAUGUGGUCAGUGGGAGCCAAUGCACUUCCUGCUUUGUAAUUACUACUUCCUGUAUGCUAAUGUGCGUCAUGGACUCCUCCGCAGCCUCAUGGAGGAUUACGUUGUGUAUGAAAAGAGGGAUGAAGUGGACAAGCUACACGGUCCUGAGGCAUCCGACCGCUCAGACGAGCUCGCGGCUUGUCACUCGUUCCUGAAACGCCACGCCCCCCUGCUCUCUCAUUGGCCAGCUCUGUUUGUGCAGCAAGCCCUGAACGAACCAGACGCCUCGGCUGCUCACGCCUGGGCUAAAAGCGCAGUGGAGGAGGGAUACGUCCACGCUGUCAGAUGGAGGAACAACUCCAGAGAAUCCCAACAGGAAGCUGGUGAGCUGGUUUCCACCUUUCAGUGGACUCCAUCCUGUGUGUGUCUGAGUCCUGCGGGAGUUCUCGUGGCGGUGGGAACAGAACAGGGUUCUCUCCACCUCUACCACACACACACCAACCAGGUCACAGCCACGUCUGCGUCCUCAUCUCUUUUUCAUGAAGUGAAGUCACUGGUCAGUAACUGUGAUGGGAUCUCUGGCUGUGUGUUUCUGGAUGAGUGUGUUCUGUGGACGACCUCGUACGAUGGCCAGGUGGAGGCGUGGGACGUUACUAGCGGCUGCAGGAUGGCCCACCUGACCGCCCACUCCAACAGGAUAACAGGAUGUGAUGUCAGCUCAGACAGGAAGCACUUCACUACUGUUUCCUUAGACUUCACACUGAAGGUGUGGUCCUCCCAGAAGGGGAAGCAGGAGGCGUCUCUGGUGAACCCCUCCCCUCUGAACUGUGUGACCUUUGACCCUGAGGGGAGUCUGGUGGCAGUGGGCUGCUGGGAUGGAGCAGUGCGGGUGUGGGACUGGAUCAAACAGGAGAACUGCAUGACUCUGUCAGGCCAUAAGUGUUCGGUACGCAGUGUGUCGUUCUCUCCAUCCUCCUCAGUCUCUCUCCUCUGUUCGGGGGCGUUGGAUGGAGAGAUGAGGUUGUGGUCGGUUCCUGGCUCGUCCUGUGUGUGGCGCUCUCGUGCUCACCGCGGCUCCACCGAAGCUCUUCACUUCCUGCGUGAUGGAGAGUCACUGCUCAGUGCUGGAUACGACGGCAUAGUCCAGCUGUGGUCUGGAGGUCUCGGGCGCUCGGUUUCUGUGUUGGGGGAGGAAAAGAAGCAGUUGAAAUCCUCGGGGUCCAGACACGUGGUGGUGUCUGAAGAUGCAGCUCUCUGUGUGGCUGUGAACGGUCCCUACGCCGCUGUGGGUUACCAUGGAAACGGACUUAAACUCUACAAUAUACAGUCAGGUGGCUGUGUGUGGUCCAGUGAGGACCUGCGUGUGUCCAUGCUGUGUGUGCUCUGGCUGCAGGCUGCAGCAGACGAUCUCCUGCUCUCUGGAGGUUUAGAUCAGCGUCUGCGUCUGUGGAGGAAGCGGAGAGGACAUGAGGACGCUCUGACACUUGCAGGAGUCUUUGGAGUCCAGAAGGGCGCUGUUCUCGCUCUGAAUCAGAACUCCACUCACGUCGCCUCUGCGUCAGAUGACUUCACGAUCGCAUUGUGGCUGAAGAGAGAUUUGACCUCUGACCCCUGGGUUGAACCGAGAGCGGUGAGUGUUCUGAGGGGUCACAGUGGAGGCGUCACGUGUUUGGCCUUCAGUCCAAAAGGAGAUCAGCUGCUGUCAGGAGGAAAAGACAAGGCUCUGAUGGUGUGGAAGAUAAACUCUUCUCCUCCGUCUGUCUCUCACUCUUUACCACACUGUCAUGGUGACUGGAUCACUGGAUGCGCCUGGACUCCAUCUGCUGUGCUGAGCUGCUCUAAUGACUGCAGACUGCGAAUGUGGGACAUACAGACAGGAAGUUGCAUCAGAGAAGUCUCGACUGCAUCCUCUGUGGCCACGCUGUGCUGCUGGGAGGACUAUGUGAUGUUAGGUUGUGCUGACGGACAGCUGACAGUGUGGAAAUCUGAUUUAGGAGUGAUUACAGAGAUCAAGGCCCAUCUUUCCCGCCUCCACCACACCACCAUCAUCUCUAAACCAGGACUGGUGAAGAAUCCUGAGGACUUACUGAUCGCUACAGCAUCUGAUGAUGGAUCUGUGAAGCUCUGGAAACCGCUGCAGGUUGAGCACCGCAGCACUCUGGUAGGUCACAGUGGUGGUGUUCAUGCUUUAGCGAGCAGCUCUGGUCCACACUUUCUCACUGUGUCUGAGGAUCGCAGUCUCAGAGCCUGGAGCAUUAAUACAGGUACGCCUCCCAGACAGAUGGAGAGUGUGAGUGCCAUGUGUUUCCUGGAGCUGCAGGAUGUGCUGGUGUGUGGUUUCAGCUCAGGCAGACUGGAGAUGUGGCAGCAGCUCAAACUCCUUUACUCCAAUAAGCUGAGUGAAAGCUGUAUCACUGCAGUAAGCAGUUUGCCGGACGAGCAGUUAGCUGUGGGCUGCAGUGACACUUCAGUGAGUGUGUGGAAGCUGGAGAGAGACUCACAGCAGUGUAUCACAGGUCUUUCUAAAGUUUCCUCGUUCACUCUGAAGAGCAGCGUGAUGUUUCUGCACUACUGCACCACUCUGCUGGGAGUGUGUGUGGACUCCACCAUCAUCGAUGUCUUUCCAACUGUACGUGGAAAACACAGAAAAGUUCAGGAUUGGCAGCAUAUGCAUGUGUUGGGAAUUGACGGAAAUGGUGAAAACGGCCUGUGGCUGUUGAGACAAGGACACGACAUGAUUAAACUGGCCUACCUGCACACUCGUUACAGAGGAGGAGAAAGUGACAGAGGAGGAAGAAAAAGACAAAACAGAAAAGAAGGAUCAGAAGGAUGGCUGUGGUUGGACACAAACGCCAGCCUGAAGUCAGGUGUUGAUCAGACACAGGAGGAGGAGGGGGAGGAAGACCAUCAUCAUCAGGAGGAAGACCAUCAUCAUCAGGAGGAAGAAACGGAGGAAGAAUGCGAGAACAGGAAGUACAGCAUCACGGCUGCUGCUUUACACGACGGACUGAUUGUAUGUGGAGAUUCAAAGGGUCACAUGUGGUUUAAUCAGAUGCCGACCCUGAGCUCGUGGACCCCAAGGAAACCUGCGCACGGUGACAGGAUCAGUGUGCUGCGUCUCACAGAGAGCAUCAUCAUCUCAGCCUCGUACGACAAGACCAUCAAACUGUGGGACAGAAACACAAAGAAACAGUUGGGUUUGUUUGUGUGUGGCGCUCCGGUCGAGGUGCUGCAGGUGAACCCAAAUGACCCGAGUCAGCUAGUGUGUGGAGACGCACUGGGGAAGAUCUACUUCCUGUCCUGGAAAGGAUGAUUAACACCUCCACACUGCACAUACAUCAGUAGCAGCAGUUUAACUUUCAACACUCUGAGUUCUGAAUUCAUCACUUUACCACUUUGAGCAAGUGCAGUUUGGUGCAAAUUUGUUUUAACACACUGAAUGUUCACAAGUAACCACUACACAAGUGCACUGUAACACUAUGUUCUUAUUCACGUAGCCCUGAACAUGUUAUUUUAAACUUUUAACACAAUCCUGAGAAACAUGGCCUGGUAACAUCUCUGUAUUUUUACCUUCAUUAAUAAUGCCAAAUAUGAAUAUGCAUGAUAUGCAAAUUAGACCCACUCCCAUGUCCUCCUGCCUUCUCAGAUCACUGGCUGUGUUUUGGCAUGUUAUAUUAAGGUUAUGGUCAUAAAUGCUUUAAUUAAAUAUGCUUUAUUGUUGCAUGAUGAUUAUAAUAUUGUCUAAUGAGUUGAUUUAAAGGUAAAAGGUGGAAAUCUUAAUGGGAUACAGCAAUUGAUUUGCUGCACUUCAAGAAUAAAGCUCUUCACCACGAGUGCCACAAUGAAAUUAUACUUUAUUUUAAAAGUAAUUUUGCUCGAUUUGUACUUUGAUUUUUGGGAUAAAUUACUGAAUAACACUUCAAGAAGGUGUGGUUAGAAAGUAUGUAAUAGCUGAUUUAUUCUGUCAAAAGCCUCAAUAAAGAAUAAUAAAAA